CGUUUGCCCAUUGCUUAUAACUUGCUCAAUUGCAUCAAUUCACUCUUGUUCCUCCAGGCUUGUGCUGAUUUGUGCUGAUUGUGCUGGGAGAAAGAGCUGUUGCGCAGGACCUCAAUCGCCACUGCAAGUCAUUCUUUUGUUUUUUUCAGCAAAGUCUUCCUUAUCCUCGAAUCCCUCCCACAUACCCCUUUUCGCCAGCAACUUUUCUCUUUUCUCUACCUUCGCACACGAUGUCUCCAGCAAAGUUGGAAAGUGAGGAUCACAGCCGUGAUGCUGCCUUCAACAAGGCUAUGCACGGAAAGUCUUCUACUGCCGCUGGCGGUUUUGCUGCCAUGCGCAACAAGGACGAGAAGGCCCAUAAAUUGGCUGUGGAUGAAUACUUCAAGCACUGGGACAACAAGGCAGCUGCCGACGAGACAGACGCUAUCCGUGAAGCUCGACGAGCUGAAUAUGCUACCUUGACAAGACACUACUACAACCUUGCCACCGAUUUGUACGAAUAUGGAUGGGGAUCCUCGUUCCACUUCUGCCGUUUCGCUUACGGAGAGCCCUUUCACCAAGCUAUCGCUCGUCAUGAACACUACCUUGCCCACGUCAUGGGUCUGAAGGAGGGCAUGAAUGUGCUGGAUGUCGGAUGCGGUGUCGGCGGCCCUGCUCGCGAAAUUGUCAAGUUCUCUGGUGUCAAUGUCGUCGGCUUCAACAACAAUGACUACCAGAUCCAACGCGCCACUCGCUAUGCUGAGCGCGAGGGUCUCUCCAAGAAGCUCACUUUCCAGAAGGGCGACUUCAUGCAAAUGCCCUUCCCAGACAACAGCUUCGAUGCCGUCUACGCCAUCGAGGCUACCGUCCACGCGCCCAGCUUGGAAGGUGUCUACAGCGAGAUCCGCCGCGUGCUGAAACCCGGCGGUAUCUUUGGCGUUUACGAAUGGCUGAUGACAGACGAAUAUGACAACGCCAACGCCGAACACCGCGAAAUCCGACUGGGAAUUGAGCAGGGUGACGGUAUCUCAAACAUGGUGCGGAUCUCCGAGGGCCUGGACGCAUUCAAGGCCGCCGGCUUUGAGCUUCUCCACAACGAAGACCUGGCUGACCGCGACGACCAUGUGCCCUGGUACUAUCCUCUCGCCGGCUCGUUCAAGCAGAUGCAGUCACCAUGGGAUAUCUUCACCAUUGCUCGCAUGACAUGGUGGGGCCGUGGAUUGGUCCACCGUUUCGUCGGUGCCCUCGAAACCGUCGGCGUUAUGCCCAGAGGCACGCAAAAGACCGCCGACAGCCUGGCUCUCGCUGCCGACUGUCUCGUUGCUGGUGGCGAGAAGAAGCUAUUCACUCCUAUGUACCUGAUGGUAGGCCGCAAGCGUGAAUAGACCCCUCAUAUAUCAUCAUCAUAUCUUGUAUUCUGUAAUUGCAUUAUCCUUUUUGUUGUUUUCAUUUGUCAUGCAAUCACGAUUCAUUUGUACCUCGAAAAACGACCUGCAUCUAAUAUUCUUUAUUCUUAUUCUUCUUGUGAAGUACUUGUAUCAUCGAUUAGCUUUUUAUAUAUUGGGACUGGGACGAGGUCGGAUUACUUACACUUACGAGGAGACUCAGGACUUAAUGAUAAAAUCAUUUCUUAUCUA